GUUGAUGUACGAGCCAGCGCUAAAGGCGGUGUUAUAUUUUAUUUCUAUGGUUAAAGCCUCGGUUCAAGAGAGGAGCUCCAAAUGAGGUCACAGUUCUAAUUCUGAAUUCAGGUCUACACUCUGGCAAGACUCACAUGGUUCCAGCUGAUCCCUCAUUUCAGCCAUGGCUCAAAUGUUCAUCUAUGGCACUCUGAAGAGGGGGCAACCAAACCACUUCCGCAUGCUGGACAAGAGCGUUGGAGCUGCGCAGUUGCUUGCCUCUGUCGUCACAACUGAGAGAUUCCCCCUAGUGAUCGCUGGUGAAUACAACAUUCUUUUCCUCCUCAACCUCCCAGGUCAAGGUCACAGGGUUCAUGGCGAGCUCUAUAGAGUGGAUGAGGCCUUGCUACAGUACCUGGAUGAUUUUGAACAUAUUCCCACAAUGUAUCAGCGAACGCCGGUGAUGCUGAAGGUGAAGGAAUGGCUGGGGCAGCCCGACGAUGAGGAGAGGUCUGUGGCGGGGAGUGUCACUGAGGCCUUUGUGUACAGUACGACGACGUAUCAGCCGGAUUGGCCCUCGCUGCCUCACCAUGAGAACUAUGAUUCCCAGGGAGAUCACGGGUUUCGGUAUAAACGCCACUAAAGCUGUUCGUCCCAGCUGUUUCUGUACUGUGUUGUUCUAAAUACAAAACAUAAUUCCUCCAGA